UAUAUACGUCUAGCGUAUGCUUGCAUGUGUGCGUGGCUGCGCCCACCACGAUACCUAUGCGUCAAUAAACGAGUGCAUAACUAGCUACCGGUUGUUUCACUUGUGUCCAUAUUCCAUAUUUACGUAUCUAACAGUGGCGACGAAUACCCACAUUUAAGCAAAAAGUAACAUGUCGACUGGAUUAUUUGGUAUUUUGACCAGUUUUGACCACAAUGGACAGGAGUGGAAGACAUACAAAAGCCGCCUGACACAGUGGUUUGUGGCAAACGACAUCACCGAUGCCACAGACGCGACUGGAUCUAAGCGGAGAGCUAUAUUGCUAAGUGCACUCACGGAGGGUACGUACAGACUCGCUGCAGAUUUGGUUUUGCCAAAGGAAGUACAAACGGUGCCCUACGAUGAUAUCAUAAAGAGUUUGGAUACCCAUUUCAACCCUAAACGAGUUGGAUUCAGCGAGAGGCAUAAGUUCUACGCAGCGGUACAACGAGAAGGCGAAUCUCACUCACAGUGGGCCGCGAGACUUCGUGGUCUGACGUCGCUUUGUGCCUUCAAUAAUGUGGAAGAAACGCUACUCGAUCGCUUUAUUAUGGGAAUGAGGGCUUGUUAUGAAAAAGAAAAGCUUUACGCGCAAGAAUUGUCUGGCCUUACGCUUGGCAAAGCUGUGGAAUAUGCCGAGAAUGUUAGCACCGCGCGCGCAGCUGCCGCCGCCAGCGCGAGCGGAGCGGGCGCGUCUGCCGCGGCCGCCGCGGCGCUGGACCCGCUAUUAAAGGUUUCACGCAGUGCUAGUGCCAAGGGACCGGCCGCUACAAAAAAUAGCCGUAUAGGGAAGCCUAAGUGUACCAUAUGCGGGUAUACCAACCACAAAACCGCGGAGUGUCAGUAUAGUGAUUAUGUGUGUAAGAAGUGUAACGUUAAAGGCCAUCUACGUAGGGUGUGUCCAUCAAAAGUGAAUUACGUAGACAAUGGAGCCGGAGACGAGGACUUCGGAGACGAUGUGCUCACAGGAUAAUAAUAAUGUAACUAACCGGAAACAAUUCGCAAUUGGCACCUUUGUACUCUAUACAAAAAAUGUAAACAAUAAUAAAAUUAUAUGGGGUAAAGGAACGGUACAAAAGCGAAU